AUGACCGGAAACACCAAAGGAGCAGGAAGGAUCAUAUUUAAGGCAAACCUUCGUCCCUCCUUCAGCACAACUCAGCUUUCCAUCAGUCUGAACAACUUCAACAGAAACACCAUGGCAGCCUCAAACGGUUUUCCUGCCAGUUUCUAUGGAGAACCAGGAGUGUUAGGAAUGUUAUCCAAUGGGAUCAGUGCAUUCCUUGUACUUCUACAGAACUUCAGCACAGCUCACACUGGCAUUAAACCAGUUGGAGUGGAGAACAUACUUGCAGGUGUUCAUCUCAUCCUGAUUGGUGGUUUGUGCCAGCUGGUGGCUGGACUGCUCUCCUUUAGAAAGUACGAUCACCUGAGUGGCACUGCCUUCAUCGGCUACGCUGCCCUUUGGGGUAGCUAUGGGGCGACCAGAAUCUACUAUGGUGCUUUAUUUAACAAUCAGACUAUACCAUCAGUGUCAGAGCACAUGUUCAAUGGUUCAACCACCAACAUGAUGGUCAACACUUCUCUUCAAAACUCAACACAGUGCCACUUAUGUGUGUCCAUAGAAGAGUCAGCCAUUGCUGGUCUGAUCCCUUAUAUCCUUCUGUCCUUUAUCCUGGCAUUUUGCUCUGCCACGGUCAACUACAUCAUGCCUUUUGUUUUUGGAGCCAUCACGGCCACUUUGAUCUUUGAAGCAGCAGCUCUGGUGACAGGCCCUUGGGCUCUGGUGGUCUCUGGGGUUCUGGAGCUGCUCAUUUUGAUCUUUGCCAUCUAUGGUUCAGCUGCUCUACUCAUCAAAGGGCUGACUCAACGUCUGGUUCUUAAAGGCUUUGGGACCCCCCUCUUUAAUGUUCUCCUGCUAGGAACCACCAACUCAACAGGUGCUCAGAAACCUGGUCAAGAGAAGAAGAAGAACACAAAAUAUGCAGAGCCCAUGGCCUUGGGUUUCUUCUGUGACUCUAUUGCUCCCUUCAUCGUUGCCUUCUACAGCUUUGGGUACAUGAAAUCGUUUGGUUUAGGAGUUGCAUGGGUAUCAAUCAUCUCAGUCGCCCAGCUGUUCUCCAGCUACUACGCUCAUUUGCGCCAGGAUAGCUACCACACUACAAAAUUUGGGAUUCAUGCCAUGUAUUGGCUGAUCAAGGCUUGGGAUGAGUUUGUGGCAUCUGCCCUGAUUGUGGAGCACAGUCAAGUUGUUGCUGGUAGGGAAGCCAUGGUGGGAGACUGGUUCUUUGUGGUGGCUGGCUUGGUGCUCUGUGUGGGAAGCCUGAACAUGGACACUCUGGAGCUGAUCCACAACUUGCUCUUUGUUCUGCUCACAGUCUCAACAAUCCCCCAGAUCCCCCUGCAGGGUUACUACAUCUUCUUUGGUGUAGCCUGCUCUCUCUUCACUGCAGUCUCAGUCUACGGUACCUUCUCACGCCUCAUAAACACCAUCGCAGAGAAGUCUCUAAUCCCUGUGGGACCACAGCCGGUCUCCUCCGAGCAGCUGAAGAGAGCUCUGAUGUGUAGAAGAUCUCAACAGGGAGAACAAAAAGAGCUGCCCAACAGUGACCAGGCCUCAGAUGCUCUGUUUUAUCUCACCAACGGGGUUGCAGCACUUUCAGCUCUUCAUUCAGAAGUGUCAAGUGGGAACCCUUCAUUCCUUCAUCUGACUGUCCCCUGGGUCCUCAUCUCUGGAGGCAUCAUUCAGACCUAUGUCAGCAGGCUACAAGUCACCGGAGAGGGCCGGUUUGGAUCAGUCAUCUCAUCCAUCUACGUGGUUGUAUGGGCAACUUGGACGUGGUUUCGAUUUGCAGGUUUUCAGCUUCAGCUCCCCGUCCUGGCAGCCUAUGGAUUCACAGCUGGAGGCGUUGCUUUACUGGUCAUUAAUGCCUUCCUCAUGCUGAUUGGUAAGGUCUAGUAUCUGCUUUCAGCGCUGGAAAUCACAAUUUUUAUUCAUUCAUAAUUUUGUACUUUUGUUUCUUCUAUUAGCUGCUUAUAGGAACGUGGUUCUGUUGUUUCUAACAACAAUCAUGGAGGUUGUUCUUGUCUGCUUCCUUCUCUCCACCCUGCACAGACUUCCAUACCAACUUGAAAGUGAGUUAAAACCGCCUGUUAUAAACUUUAUGUAUUUACGAUA